AUGAAGAUCCUCGCUGUUCCAGUUGCGCGGCAUCGCAAUCCUGCGCGUUUACCAUACAUCACGUAUUUACCCAAGCUCACACGUCCUUUUCCAGGCAUCGCCACAACAUCUUCGCAACGCAUGAUGCAGUUCGUGUCGAACGUCUGGACCCAAUGGGGCCGCCCAGAUACGAAGUCGCUGCUGGACUGGAAGAAUCGCGUCUACUCGAUGGGAGAACGCAUCAUGGACAGUAUUGAGUACGAGGAAUGGGCACUCAAAGGUAUUGAUCAAGUACUUGGCCCCUCUAUACAGCGCCUUUUAUCUCGCUCUCAUCAGACCGCGCCUGACGCGCACACGCAUGUCUCUGUGCUAUAUCCCCCUUCCCUCAUUUCUCGACCCAGCGUAUUAGAGUCCCUGCAGCGCAUGUCCACGCAUCGAGCACCCCUUCACAAUCGCCAAUUCCUGUACAAUAUGGUUGCCAUCCCUGUUACUGCGCCCUUAUUCCUCGUGCCUGCUAUUCCCAACGUUGUAACGUACUACUUCAUCUGGCGUGCAUGGAGUCAUUGGCGUGCAUAUCAGGCCCUGCAAUCACUCCAAUCACUCAUUCGGCACGAUCUCGUCAAGUUUGAACCAGACGAGCAGCUGGAUGCAUUAUUCCAACAUUCUCGACCACCCCCCUCUGACCUUUCGACAGAUUGCGCAUGGCUUCUGGACCAAUCAUGCAUGAAUCGUAUUGUGGAUGACUAUAUCCUGCCUGCACAAGCCUACGUCGAUUUGCGACGAGCGUCCAAGCAGGCAAUACACGACAUCAUUCGAUCUGGUGCUACAUAA